CAGCGCGUUUCAAAAACGAGUGCGUGAAGAAGAAGCGUUUGCAAGUUUUUCAAAACCGUUGUCGGUUGAUUAUUGAGUGCUUUCGGACGAAUAAUUUUGAUUUUUAUUUCGUAUAAUUACUUUCUUCAAGACAAAUCAAAAUGGUACAAGCGGAAAACAUAGAAAAGGUGUACCUGUUUGAGAAGGAUCGAGUCAACAGUUUCAAAAAGUGGCCCUAUUCAAGUGCCAGUCCGUGCAACGUCCAGAAGAUGGCCGAAGCCGGUUUCUACUGGCAGGGUGACGACAAGGAGGACGAGGACACCUCGGUUUGCUUCGUUUGCGGAAAAGUGCUGGACGGAUGGGAGGAAACGGACGACCCCUGGGAAGAACACAAAAAGCACGCUCCUCAGUGCUUGUUUGUCAAGUACGGCCGACCGGAGGCGGAGCUAACGUGUGAAGAAAUGAUUAAUCUUCUGGAGGUCAUACUGAAGGGGCGGAUUCAGAGCAGCUACACUUCGCUGAAAGAUUGCCUCAAAGCCCACAUCGAGAAGAAGCGCAAAGAGAUGACGAAACAGUUGUCGAAGAAUUGAGAGGUUUUGGUUUUGAGAUUUGCGGUAGAUUGCUUGAUGAUAAGGUAAUUUAACUAUAAGGACUAGUUUUGUAAUGGCAGAAUAAAACGUAAGCAUUUUUUGAGACAUA